AUGGGUUUAUCAUGCUUCACUGGGAAACACCAAGAAACAACAAAUCUACAGUUUCUUUGUUCUGCAGUAAAGGGAAUCAACUUUUAUGGACCAAAGAGUGAAUAUGUAGUAAGUGGCAGUGACUGUGGCCAUAUAUUUCUUUGGGACAAGGAGACAACCGAAGUUGUGCAGUUUCUAUGUGGAGAUGACGCUGGAGUUGUCAAUUGUUUAGAACCACAUCCCAACUGCCCUGUUUUGGCAACAAGUGGCCUUGACCAUGAUGUGAAAAUCUGGUCUCCAACUUCAAAUCAACCUACAAAUUUGGAUGGUUUAGACAUGACGAUGUCAAAUAAUGAGAGAGAACGAGCAGAAGAGAAAUGCAUGCCACGUGACCCUGUUAGUGAACGGCUGUUCAGGAUGCUUAUGCGCCAUGCACGUCGACAUCGGAUGCAGGGACUGGAUGACGAUGAGGAUGAGGAUGAUAGCAGUGAUUCCAGCUCUGAGGAAAGCAGUGAUGAUGAUAGUGAUGAUGAUGAAAGCAGACAUGCCAUCACGUGCAGUCAAGCUUGAGCCUGACAGUGCAGCAUGAC